UCCGUCUGCAACAACUCUGAGCACCUUCUCCAGGGGAUGUGAAUUCGGGUGGGUCUUUGGCUCUGAAAUCAGCAACAGCUGUAAUAAGGGAGCAGUUUUUUGGAGACAGUCACAGCUCAGGAAAGAGCAUCAGCUUCACUUUGUACCUAUACAAGUGAGGACAAGUUAUAUAUUAUACAAGACCGAGGGGGAUGACAGGGGUUUAUCAUUAACCUGAAGUCUGUGAGAGACAUUAUAAGGAGAGAAGAAGGAGGAAAGGCGCUGGAGAAGCAGGCAGGAUGGACUCCUCCAAAAAAAUCAAUAACCCUGCUGACAUCUCAGUCAUCGUCAUCUAUUUUGUGGUAGUCCUAGCAGUGGGACUAUGGGCCAUGCUCUCAACAAGUCGAGGGACUGUGGGUGGAUUCUUUCUAGCUGGACGGAGCAUGGUGUGGUGGCCGAUUGGUGCUUCUCUGUUUGCCAGUAACAUUGGCAGUGGGCAAUUUGUGGGCUUGGCAGGCACAGGAGCGGCUUCAGGAAUCGCCAUUGGAGGAUUCGAAUGGAACGCCCUGAUAUUUGUGGUUGUUCUUGCUUGGUUGUUUGUCCCCAUCUACAUCAAGGCUGGGGUGGUGACGAUGCCAGAGUAUCUCAAGAAGCGGUUUGGCGGCCGACGGAUUCAGAUAUAUCUGUCAGUCCUUUCUCUACUCCUCUAUAUUUUCACCAAGAUCUCGGCAGAUAUAUUCGCUGGAGCUAUAUUUAUCCAAAUGGCCAUGGGGUUGAAUCUUUAUUUGGCCAUAAUCAUACUGCUGGCUAUUACUGGUCUUUACACUAUCACAGGUGGCCUUGCUGCUGUGAUUUACACAGACACCUUACAGACUGCCAUCAUGGUGGUGGGAUCCUGUAUUCUCUCAGGAUUUGGAUUUGCCGAAGUAGGAGGAUAUGAGGCCUUUAUGGAGAAAUAUAUGCAAGCAAUUCCAAGCAACACCUCAUAUGGAAACAUUACCAUUGACCCAAAAUGCUACACCCCUCGGGCAGAUUCUUUCCACAUCUUCCGAGACCCAAUCACUGGAGAUUUGCCAUGGCCGGGCCUUACCUUUGGGUUGAGCAUCCUGGCUUUGUGGUACUGGUGCACAGAUCAGGUUAUUGUUCAGCGAUGUCUCUCAGCCAAGAACAUGUCCCAUGUGAAGGCCGGCUGCAUCUUGUGUGGGUACAUAAAGCUGCUGCCCAUGUUUUUGAUCGUGAUGCCUGGGAUGAUCAGUCGAAUUCUGUACACAGAUACGGUGGCUUGUGUCGUGCCCUCAGAAUGUGAGAAAUACUGUGGCACCAAAGUUGGCUGUUCAAACAUUGCUUUUCCAAAAAUGGUGGUGGACCUUAUGCCGAAUGGUUUGCGAGGGCUGAUGUUGUCAGUCAUGUUGGCCUCUCUCAUGAGCUCCCUGACUUCCAUUUUUAAUAGUGCUAGCACUCUGUUCACCAUGGACAUCUACACCAAAAUACGAUCCCAGGCAUCUGAGAGAGAGCUCAUGCUGGCUGGGAGGUUAUUUAUGUUAGCUUUAAUUGGUAUCAGCAUUGCUUGGGUUCCUGUGGUGCAGUCAGCUCAGAGCGGGCAGCUCUUUGAUUAUAUACAGUCUGUCACCAGCUACCUGGGGCCACCCAUUGCUGCUGUCUUCCUGCUUGCUAUCUUCUGUAAGAGGGUCAAUGAGGAGGGUGCCUUCUGGGGCUUGGUCAUUGGGCUGGUCAUUGGGCUGAGUCGAAUGAUUACAGAGUUUGCCUAUGGAACUGGCAGCUGUGCAAACCCCAGCAAUUGCCCAGAGAUCAUUUGUGGAAUUCACUAUUUGUACUUUGCUAUAAUCCUUUUUGGGAUCUGCGCCAUCAUCAUCUUGGGCGUCUCACUGAUAACUAAACCCAUUCCGGAUGUACAUCUUUACCGCUUGUGCUGGUCUCUUCGGAACAGCAAAGAGGAACGUAUUGACCUGGAUGCAAAUGAGAAGAUUGAGGAACCUGAGAGCAAUGACAAUGAAUCAGAACAAGGUGGUGAAGAGCAAGGAUGGUGGAAGAAGGCCUACAACUGGUUCUGUGGUUUAAAUCAGAAAAAAGGUCACAAAUUGAGCAAAGAGGAGCAGGAAGCGAUAGAGAAGAAACUGACUGACACUUCUGAGAAUCCAAUCUGGAGAAAUGUUGUGAACAUAAACGGCAUCAUUCUACUGACCGUGGCUGUAUUCUGUCAUGCCUUCUUUGCAUAAAUUUCAUCUCACACUCCAGAGUUUACAUGAAGGUCUAACUCUAGUCCCUUUUCCUUUUGAAAUUGCACUGUAUUCUUCAAAAGAAAUUGUUUUCUAAAUUAUACAGUUAGAUAUACUUAUGAGAUUUGUACAGUGAGAUUGUAUGAAUACAUUGAUUUAUUCAUUGGUUAUAUAGUGGUAAUUAAACAUCUUUUGGCUAAAGAGCAGGCAUAUUAAAGUCCCAAACAGUAGAAUUUCAGUCCAGUGCGUCAGGGAGAAUUUAGUAAAUCUCUUUUCUUACAAAAUACAUUUCACAGCUCAAUUUCAGAAUAUGAGAACCAGGGCUGGAUGAGCUGCAUGGAGUUCAUGAUUUUGUGAACUAUUCUGGGGAACUGGCGAAAAUUUCUGGCCAUUUUCCCAAGGUGAUUUUUUUUUUUUUUUUUUUUUUAAAGUUCAGCUAUAUGAAGGGCUGUGCUAUGGGUUUAGGAUAAAUGAAUCCCCUCAAAAUAAAGGCAGCCUUUGGUGAGUUCCCCUGGAUAACAUUUUAUUGAUGAAUUCCUUUGAUACUAUCGCUAUUUUUAAUAGCCCUUUUCUCUUUCCAUUAUCUGUUCCAUACAUUACACUGUUUUCAGUGGAUUUUUUCUUCUCUCCUCUUUUAUCUCUUUUUCUUCCAAGUGGAAUAUGAACCCCAGUACCAUCUGAAUUUAACUUGUGCUAUUUGAGUGGGUUUGAAAUUAGGCAAACUAAGUCUGACCAGCCUUAAUAAGAGUCGUGGCUAUGCCUGACUCUUCAAGAUUAGCUUUAAAGGUUCCAAUGCAAUCUGAGCAUUUAGUUUAAUAUGAAUCUGUUUGAAUGUGAAAACUUUAUUUAUAAAAAUAUAUUCAUGGUAGUUUUGAUUCCCUAGCAUGAUGUCAAAAUUAGACUCCAUUUACAUUUACUGUGGACCUCCAUUUUAUAAGGAAGGCACUUAGUUCCCCUUCUUAGUUAGUGGAUUUUCUACCUGGUAAUUCUGGCUUUGUCUCUUGCUUCCAAGUACACUAAGACAUUACAGUAUUUUUCCUGCCAAAUUAUGAAUCUUCCUUCUCUGACAGUUUUUAAGAAAUUUCAUUCAUGCCGUGAAGUAAGACUUACACUAUAGUUUCCUUAAGGAAAACAGUCACUGCUCUGAGAUCAUCUAAACCAUUCCAAUUGUCUUCAUCUUGUUUGGGAGUGUGAAACCAGGCUGAGAGCUUGAUGAGGCAAUGAUAGGUUGCCAGCCCUCCAGGUUUGGCUUGGAGUCUUCCAGAAUUGGCAUCCAUCUCCCGGUGACUAUUAAAAGGAAUCCAGGAGAUUUUAAUAGGAUAUUUUAAGAAAAUGACAUUAUGUCAUGUUGGAAAAAAAUAUCUUCCAGAAUAGCUUCAUUAAGAAUUGACAGCUCUAGGCAAUGACCAUGGCUUGAGUCUCAGAGACUAGUAAGAAGCUAUGGAGAGCAGUUCCAGGCUGAAAAAUGAAACCAGAACUUUUUAGCACCUAAUUCAUCUUCCCAAGGAGGCAUAGAUACAGAGAAGGCACAUCAGAAAUUUCCAGUUGCUGCAGCUAAUCUAUAUUACAAUCCUUUUUGCCUUGUGUACCACAGUGUCCUGCAAUGUCUCAAUUCAGUUGUAACAUGCAUCUCAUCUUCCUGCAGUAUUCUACAGCACACUGCACUGUGCUGCUGCAAUAUGUAACAAGCAAACCAAUGGAAUCUUUCUGAAGCAUGCUGCACUCCUGCAAAUCCCUAUUACUUUCAUGAUGCACUGUCUUCUGACAGCAUAUUCAGAUGAGUCCAUAGCAAAAUGCGCUGUCCUCUUACUGCAUGUAGCUGCACUAGGAUUUUCAGUAUAAUGUUCUGUUUCUCUGGAAUAUCCUGACAUGUACUGCAUAGUGCCAAAUCAUCAAUACAAUUUGAAUCCUAAUGCCAAUGGUCUUACAAUAAAUAGAGCAGCAGGGAGCAUCUUAAGUCGUCAUUGUAUUGUUAUGAAUUAAUUAUAUUUCAUUAACUAUGAAGGUUGUACGUAUUAAAAUGUUUCUAAUGUGUUUGGGGACCAGAAA